AUGGGGCCUACGGUCUCCCCGGGGCGUGCCUACAGUGCCCUUGAAGAAAAACUGGGAACAGCAGAAUCUGCCGGCGACACGCGUUACAGUUUUUUCAACUCCAAUCUCGACACCGUGACCCACGCCAACGAUUUCUCGCAGCUGCAAUCAACUUGUGAACCCUUCAAGGACUUUAGGGAGACAGGUGUCCAUAAAGGAUUAUGGUGGCUUCAUGUUGCGUCGCCAUCCGACGACGAUAUCGAAUUUUUAUCGCGGAUGUUCGGGCUCCACCCUCUGACCACCGAAGAUAUUAAGGUCCGCGAACUUCGAGAGAAAGUUGAGCUCUUCGGAUCUUAUUACUUUGUAUCUGUUCUUCCACCGCGGCAACUUGGACUCACAAAUACUCCUAACUCCUCGGCGGCCAAUUUCUACGGCAUUGUGUUUCCCGAGGGAAUUCUCAGCAUCACGUUCGGCGACGGCCAAGACCCCGCCCACGUCUGGAAACGCAUAAAGGACCAUCAGAGCGAUUUUUCGCCGACGAGUGAUUGGAUCUGCUAUGCGCUCAUUGACGAUAUCGUGGAUGGCUUCGCCCCACUCAUCGACCGUGUUCAAACCGGAGUCGAGAUGAUGGAAGAUGGUCUAUCUAUCACGCGCCCCGAUGAAAUCGGUCUGGCUCUUCAGAAUAUCUCCAAGUGUCGCAAGGAGGUUACCCAGAUCCGCCGACUUCUGCACGAUAAAACCGAUCUUAUUCGUUGUUUUGCCCGCCACUGCGGUUACUCAGGGGCCACGGCUGCGGAGAUCACAAUUUAUCUUCGCGAUAUUCAAGAUCACGUCUUGACAAUGAUGUCUAACCUGACCAGUGCUGAGCAGAUGCUCUCGCGGUCGCAAUCUAAAUAUCUGGGCCGACUUGAAUUUGACUCGACGUGCAUGCGUAACAGCCUCGCGAGUACGCUGAGUCGGGUGACGAUUAUCGGUACGAUUAUCGUCACAAUGCAGGUUAUAUCUGGUUCUUUUGGUAUGAACAUAAAUGUACCUGGACAGUAUGUGGAGGGGAAUGUUAAAUGGUGGCUUAGCAUUCUAGCAUUCAUCUUGGGGUUUUCUGUGCUGUUUAUAGCAUUCGCGAAAAGGGCGCGAAUCAUCUAG